CUGUGCUGAUUUUCAAAGGACAACAACUCAGGCACCCUCGAGCCGAUUAUCGCCGGGAAGGGAAUAACAAAAGGAUCUGUGAUUAAUCCGGUGUCGACCAGACAGAAGACCGCGACGACAAUGGCGAGCAGCCAGACCCCGUACUUGGAGAUUAGCGAGAUCCUGUCGUUGGAGAGCGUUCGAUCGCAAGCGCAGCAUGUUCUAGACGCCGCGAGGAACGGGUCCUUGAACCAUUUCGACUUCGACGAAGGUCGGAUGCCAGAAGUCGCGGAUUUUGUCCUAUCUAUUAUCUCGCGUGAUUUCGGCCCAGACAAGUACGACCAGAUCCCCCCUCACGGGCGGUGGCAGCAGUUCAACGUCGGCAACCAUGAACGAAUUGCCCCGCUCCUGGAGGAAUGGACGGGCCAAGGCUGCGACAAGACCGAGCUCGCACGUCGGAUGGUCGACUUGUUGUUCGUCUCCGUUUUAAUGGACGCUGGCGCCGGCGAUGUCUGGCAGUUCAGAGAGCCCGGGACCGGGCAAACGUUCGGGAGGAGUGAGGGCAUCGCGCUGGCGACCCUUCACAUGUUCUUGGCCGGGAAGUUCCAAUCGCAGGGUGCCAGUGGCCACUUCGUUGACGCUCGUGGGCUCGCCGACAUGAGCCAACAGACAAUGGAGCAGGGGUUCCAGAUCUCGCCUAAGAAUGAGAUGACUGCCUUUUCGUCUCGAGUGGUUCUGUUGAAUCGACUCGGCGUGUCACUGCUCAACCUCGCUCCCGUCUUCGGAGCAACAGGGCGUCCUGGCAAUCUUGUUGACUACCUGCUUGACAACUCGGCACAAUCGAAUGUCCUCGACUUUGCCUUCCUGUGGCGUACAUUGCAGCAAUUGCUUCUCCCUGUCUGGCCAGAAAACCGGCCGCACAUCGCUGGGCGACCAAUAGGUGACGCAUGGCCUCUCCGAGUGCUUGCCCAGCGUGCCGAGGCGACAGGGGAUAAACGCCUCACCAGCAACAUUCAACCCUUCCACAAGUUGACCCAAUGGCUCGCUUACUCGCUAAAGGUGCCGUUCAUGAGAUUGCUUGAUCUUCGAUGGAGCAACGAGCACCUCAGCACUGGUCUCGCCGAGUACCGUAACGGGGGCAUCUUCUUGGACAUUCCAGUUUUGCGGCUGAAGCCAGAGGCCUUGGAAAAGGGGCAGAAACUCUCGGGCCAGGAGUUACCUCAGUUUGAGGCAACAGGCGAUGAAAUCGUCGAGUGGAGGGCGAUGACGGUUGCCCUUCUGGACGAGCUUCACAACAUUCUCCUGGCACGGUUGAAGGCGCAGAAAGUCUCCUUGAGUCUGGGACAGAUGCUGGAGGCCGGUACAUUCAAAGCCGGCCGAGAGCUGGCGGCGAAGUUCAGGCCUUCGACCAGAUCCAGUCCCAUCCUGAUAUCUGGGGAUGGAACUCUUUUCUGAGUCUAGUAGUUCAUGAGUGUCGUAUGGUCGAGUCCCUGAAGGUCUUGGGCGAUAUAUAAUCAUUCUUUCGCAGACAUGUGAGGCACGAGAACGGCGACGGCGAUCUCUAGGGGGCCCUUUGCGGUGAUGUCCGUUGUCACCAGAUAUCUACAGUAUCUCAUCUCUCAUUCUUGUGUGCGGUGGAUGGCUAGGCAUGAUAGGAGUUUAUCAAUCUUG